GCUUCUGGGCAAAGCCUCUCGAGCCCUCGAAGAAAACUUCCCGUCGACGUCGACGUGGUGGAACUGCCGCCGCCAUCUUGCUUCGCCCUGAGGAGAAGACCCCGAGGCACCGCAGAUUGAAGAGGUGGAAAGCGCCAGCCUCCGGUGUUGAGCCGCCAAAUGAGCCGCCUCGUGAUGUGCUCCACCUCAGGACUCCCCGGUGUGUGAGAAAAUUAUCGUCUUUCUUUCAAUUUUGUGUCAAGAUUUCCAUGAUACUCCAAACCGUCAAGGAGCUUAAUUCCGUCGCUUCCGAGCUGUCUGCACGGCAGGAGGAGAGUGAACAUUCUCAUAAACAUUUAAUUGAACUCCGCCGGGAAUUUAAGAAAAAUGUACCUGAGGAAAUCAGAGAGAUGGUGGCUCCUGUAUUAAAAAGCUUCCAAGCUGAGGUGGUGGCCCUUAGUAAGAGAAGUCAGGAGGCCGAGGCAGCUUUCCUGAGCGUUUACAAGCAAUUAAUUGAAGCACCAGACCCUGUGCCUGUGUUUGAGGCAGCGCGCGGCCUAGACGACAGACUGCAGCCCCCCAGCUUCGACCCCAGCGGGCAGCCGCGGCGAGACCUCCACACAUCGUGGAAGAGGCACCCCGAGCUCCUUGGCCCUAAAGAGCAGAGAGAGGGGACGUCUCCGGCCGGACCCACGCUGACCGAGGGGAGCCGCCUCCCAGGCAUUCCCGGCAAAGCCCUCCUGACAGAAACUUUGCUGCAGAGAAAUGAGGCAGAGAAACAAAAGGGCCUUCAAGAAGUACAAAUCACUUUGGCAGCCAGACUGGGGGAGGCAGAGGAAAAGAUCAAAGUCCUACAUUCAGCGUUAAAGGCCACACAGACAGAGCUGUUGGAACUGCGGCGGAAAUAUGAUGAGGAGGCAGCAUCCAAGGCAGAUGAAGUCGGCCUGAUCAUGACCAACUUGGAGAAGGCUAAUCAGCGAGCUGAGGCUGCCCAGCGGGAGGUAGAAAGCCUUCGAGAACAACUCGCCUCAGUCAACAGCUCUAUCCGCCUGGCCUGCUGCUCCCCCCAGGGACCCAGUGGGGAUAAGGUGAACUUCGCGCUGUGCUCAGGCCCCCGGCUUGAGGCUGCCCUGGCCUCCAAGGAUCGGGAGAUCCUGCGGCUGCUGAAGGAUGUGCAGCACCUCCAGAAUUCUCUGCAGGAACUGGAGGAGACCUCUGCCAACCAGAUUGCGGACCUGGAGCGGCAGCUCACGGCCAAGUCCGAAGCCAUAGAGAAGCUGGAAGAGAAGCUCCAGGCACAGUCUGACUAUGAAGAAAUUAAAACAGAGCUGAGCAUCCUGAAAGCCAUGAAGCUGGCCUCUAGCACCUGCAGCCUCCCGCAGCCCAGCUUCUUGUCUCCUCAGGGCAUGUCCAAGCCCGAAGACUCGUUGCUCAUGGCAAAGGAGGCCUUCUUCCCCACGCAGAAAUUCCUUCUGGAAAAGCCUGGUCUUCUGACCAGCCCUGAGGAGGACCCUUCAGAGGAUGAUUCCAUCAAGGACUCCCUGGGCACAGAGCAGUCCUACCCAUCGCCUCCACAGCUCCCGCCACCGCCAGGGCCUGAAGACCCCCUGUCCCCCAGCCCUGGGCAGCCCCUGCUGGGCCCUGGCCUGGGCCCCGAUGGCCCAAGGACUUUCUCAUUGUCCCCCUUCCCCAGCCUGGCUUCUGGGGACAGACUGGCAGGGGACACACUGCUGUCCAAACAUAUGAUGCCCCCGGCCACCUUCAAGGGGGAGGCGGGUGGCCUGCUGGUGUUCCCCCCAGCCUUCUAUGGCACCAAGCCGCCCACGGCCCCUGCCACCCCAGCUCCUGGCCCUGAGCCACCCGGGGCCCCCGAGCCUGUAGAUGGGGGUGGGGGCAGCACAGCUGGGGCAGGGGCCGGAACCGAGGAGGAGCAGCUCGACACGGCGGAGAUUGCAUUCCAGGUGAAGGAACAGCUGCUCAAACACAACAUUGGGCAGCGGGUGUUUGGCCACUAUGUGCUGGGGCUGUCACAGGGCUCGGUCAGCGAGAUCCUGGCCCGGCCCAAGCCCUGGCGCAAGCUCACAGUGAAGGGCAAGGAGCCCUUCAUCAAGAUGAAGCAGUUCCUGUCGGAUGAGCAGAACGUGCUGGCUCUGAGGACCAUCCAGGUGCGGCAGAGAGGCAGUAUCACCCCAAGAAUCCGCACACCAGAGACAGGCUCAGAUGACGCCAUCAAGAGCAUCCUGGAACAGGCCAAGAAAGAGAUCGAGUCCCAGAAAGGGGGUGAGUCCAAGAACUCCACGGCCCCACUGGGCAUCACCAACGGCACAGCCCCCGCCAGCACCUCGGAAGAUGCCAUCAAGAACAUUCUGGAGCAAGCGCGCCGCGAGAUGCAGGCGCAACAGCAGGCCCUGCUGGAGAUGGAGGCCGGCCCCCGGGGCCGCUCGGUGCCUCCCUCGCCCCCAGAGCGGCCCUCGCUGGCUACUGCGAGCCAGAAUGGGGCUCCGACCUAUGUCAAGCAGGAGGACAGCAGCGGCGGUGGUGGCGGCGGGGGAACCAGCAGCAGUGCCACACAGACCUCCCUCACGGUCUUGUCCCCUGCUGCCUUCGUGCAGAGCAUCAUCCGGAAGGUCAAGUCGGAGAUUGGCGACGCCGGCUACUUCGACCACCACUGGGCCUCGGACCGUGGCCUGCUCAGCCGCCCCUACACCUCUGUCUCACCCUCCCUCUCCUCCUCCUCCUCCGGCUACUCCGGACAGCCCAACGGGCGGGCCUGGCCCCGUGGGGACGAGGCCCCCACGGCUCCCGAGGACGAAGCGGCGGGGGGCGAGGACGAGCCUCCCAGAGUGGGCGAGCUGAAGGCCGAAGGUGGCGUCCCCGAAGCGGGCAGCGGUGGGCGGCUGGCCUACUACCCAGCAUACGUGCCCCGCACACUGAAGCCGACCGUGCCGCCCCUGACCCCCGAGCAGUACGAGCUUUACAUGUACCGGGAGGUGGAUACGCUGGAGCUGACGCGCCAGGUCAAGGAGAAGCUGGCCAAGAAUGGAAUCUGCCAGAGGAUCUUUGGGGAGAAGGUGCUGGGCCUGUCACAGGGCAGUGUGAGCGAUAUGCUGUCCCGGCCGAAGCCGUGGAGCAAGCUGACACAGAAGGGGCGAGAGCCCUUCAUCCGCAUGCAGCUGUGGCUCUCAGACCAGCUCGGCCAGGCCAGCAGCCAGCAGCCCAGCGCCUCUCAGGCCAGUCCCACGGAACCGAGGUCCUCGCCGUCCCCACCCCCUAGCCCCACGGAGCCGGAGAGGAGCUCCCAGGAGCCCUUGAGCCUGGCACUGGAGGGCAGCAAGGAGAACCAGCAGCCGGAGGGACGCUCCAGCUCCUCGCUGGGGGGGAAGGUGUACUCGGGCAGCCAGGCCACGGGGGGCAUCCAGGAGAUUGUGGCCAUGUCCCCCGAGCUGGACACAUACUCCAUCACCAAGAGAGUCAAAGAGGUCCUCACAGACAACAAUCUAGGGCAGCGGCUGUUUGGGGAGAGCAUCCUGGGACUGACGCAGGGCUCCGUGUCUGACCUGCUGUCCCGGCCCAAACCCUGGCACAAGCUGAGCCUGAAGGGACGGGAGCCCUUUGUGCGCAUGCAGCUGUGGCUCAGUGACCCCCAUAAUGUGGAGAAGCUGAGGGACAUGAAGAAGCUGGAGAAGAAAGCCUACCUCAAGCGCAGGUACGGCCUCAUCAGCACCGGCUCGGACAGCGAGUCUCCAGCCACCCGCUCCGAGUGCCCCAGCCCCUGCCUGCAGCCCCAGGACCUGAGCCUCCUGCAAAUCAAGAAGCCCCGAGUGGUGCUGGCGCCCGAGGAGAAGGAGGCGCUGAAGAAGGCCUACCAGCUGGAGCCCUACCCCUCCCAGCAGACCAUCGAGCUCCUCUCCUUCCAGCUCAACCUCAAGACCAACACCGUCAUCAACUGGUUCCACAACUACAGGUCCCGGAUGCGCCGGGAGAUGUUGGUGGAGGGGACCCAAGACGAACCAGACCUCGACCCCAGUGGGGGUCCCGGCGUCCUGCCACCGGGCCACUCCCGCCCAGACCCCACCCCACGGAGCCCUGACUCUGAGGCUGAGGACCAGAAGCCUCCUGUGAAGGAGCUGGAGCCUCGGGAGGGCUCUGAGGAGCGCGUCCUACCCCCGACCACCCAGGACAAGGCCCACGUGAGGAUUAAGCAGGAACAGACUGAGGAGGACGCAGAGGAAGAGGCGGGAAGCCAGCUCCGGGACCCAGGGGAGCCGGACGAAGGCCGAGGUUCCCCCAAAGAGGCGCAUCCCGACCAUCCGGGUAAUGACAGACUCCCGAAAGUGGCCCCAGGGCUCCUCCUUCCAGGCGGGACCACUCCAGACUGCCCCUCACUGCAGCCCCCCCAGGAGAGCGAGGGUGGGGAGCGGCUACACCCGGACCCUCUGAGUUUUAAGUCGGUCUCCGAGUCCUCGCGCUGCAGCCUGGAGGUGUCGCUGAACUCACCCUCAGCCGCCUCCUCACCGGGCCUCAUGAUGUCUGUGUCACCUGUCCCCUCCUCCUCAGCCCCCAUCUCCCCAUCCCCACCCGGCGCCCCUCCCGCCAAAGUGCCGAGCGCCAGCCCCACUGCCGACACGGCUGGGGCCCUGCACCCCAGCGCCAAGGUGAACCCCAACUUGCAGCGGCGACACGAGAAGAUGGCCAACCUGAACAGCAUCAUCUACCGGCUAGAGAGGGCCGCCAAUCGGGAGGAGGCCUUGGAGUGGGAGUUCUGAAGGCGGCCGGGCGCACGAGGGCAGGGGGCACACGGGGGGCCGCCCUUCCCUCUCUCACUUGCCCUGCCAGGCCGGGUGGGGGAAGGAAGGGAGGAGCUCGACCAUCAAAAUGUGGGCAGCAGUGUGAUGCAGUUUACGUUUUCUGUCGUAACCCUAGUUCUAGGACGCGGCGCAGGAGCGGGUGGGGCGUGUGCCACCACCGCCUCUCCUUGGCACCCGCCGCCCCGUGGAGCGCCCCCUUCUCCACCCUGGCCUCUCUGCGGGAGGCACAAGCGAUGUGGCACCACAUUCUCACCUGGAAACUCCAAACUCUUUUAGAAAAAUAAAUAUUUAUAGACCUCUUUUAGAUAUUUUAAUAAAGGAUCCUUUGGAAUUUAUUCCCAGCCAAUGCUGUUUUGAUAUUACAGAGAGUUAUAAAAUCAGGAUGCGGUCACAACUGUUGCGAAGUAUACACCGAAGUUGUGUCGUUUUUGCCACUAGAUGAGAUUAAAAGAAGACAAUUGUUCAAAGCCAUCACAAAACGCUCUAAGACUGACCAAAAUUUAGAUGACCCUUGAACUGCGGUCUUUUGCCACAUCUGUCUGUGAGACACAGCACUCUGCUGCUGCCCUUCCAGAAACCGUGCUGAAAAGACAAAGUCCAAAAGACUCUAAAUGAAAACCUCAAUGCCGUUGAGGACGUGUUUCAUUCUGGUGGUCUGUUUUGCAACCUUGAUAACACAGAACGUCCCGUGCCGUUGUAAGUGUUGUAGAGAUGUGGGCUGUGGCCGGCCGUCCUACCCGAGACGCGACCUGGCACAAAACAAACUGCUUCUCCUCCCUCCAGUCCGAAGCCUGUGGGCCAUGGAGGUCGGACACCCAGCCUGUCCAUCUGUAGACGAGAUGUGUUUCUGGAUCCUUUGGAAAGCUGGGCGUGGGGUCAGGUGAUUGGAGGGCAGCAUUUGAGCCAGAGUGACCCUGUUCCCCAACCUGAAUCGUGGCCACGGCACAGGAAGUUUCCCCACUGGCUUUCCAGAGCAGGACUGUGGCCACCAUCUCUCCCUCCCUGUGUUUUAAGAAAAUAAUAGCGAUGGUCGUCCCACGAGCACCCGGCACCAAAAAGUAGAUUCAUCUAUCUAGAGACCCCAGCCCUCCUUCUUGCCAUCUUCUCUCUCAAGUUGACCCAGGUGCUGUUUCUGGAAGGCAUCUGCAACUCCCAAGUCCAGAACAAAGCGAGAAGGUUGAGUUCAUGGCAUGGCCACCAUACCCCAGCCUCUAAGUCUACCCUCCUGCCUCCCAGCGCACGACCUUUUGGGGAGCAAAGACUCCAUCCCCCCAACUCAGAGAAGCCCUUCCUCUAGCAUCUUCGUCGUCAGGGUCUCUGGCAGGAGAGUUCCCAGUUUGGAUGGAACCGCCAUCAUGUUGGUUUUCGACUCUCUCCCUCUCUCUCUCUCUCUCUCUCUCUCUCUCUCUGUCUCUCUCCCGUUUUUAUUUCUUUUCCUUUUUCAAACUCUCUGUGGGAAGGCUGAGUUGGUUGACUCCCCAGCUGAAUCCAGAAUGACGAUGAAAAGGUGGCCAUAAUCGGUACCAAUCCAAUGCCAGGGGGAGACGGCUGGUGGGUCUCAAGGAUGCAGCAAGCAUUUCGAAACGAGGCCAGUAAAACCCAGUGAUCAGAAGGGGACAAUUGAGGGCUGUUCCAGAAAUCUCAACUCUCAUGCACCCAGCCCAGGCUGCAGUCUCCACACCAAUCAGUGAAGAACAACGCAAACCCUGCAGGAAAACGUCCUUUUCCAUACACCCAGGCUAUGCAUUGAAGAGUUUUCCACUGUAUACAUUUUUAUCCAGAGGAAGGUAUUUUUAUAUUUUGACAAUAGGAAACAGUGACCAAUUUUCAGAGUAAUCAAAUCUGGAACAAACGAAACGUCUCCUUUUAGCCACCGCCGCCCUGUCACAAGACAACCGUGAGGGAAACACACCGCUUUCUACUGUCGAAACCCAUCCAACAUUGAAACCCAGGCUCACCCGUAGACUACAGAUCUUAGAGGACUAAAUCUGGCUUUUGUGUGACGGGAUUUGAUUAAGCACUUAGGAUAGUCUUUUGAACACAGAAAUCCUGUUGUACUUAAAGCUAGCAGACCCAUGAACAACUUUGUCAGGUUCACGUCCUAUAACGGUAAAAACAAAACAAAAACCCACAAAACCGUUUCUAUGAGAGAUUGAUGAACUUUGUUUAAAAUUUUAAAAACACGUUCUGUAAACGCGUCGCUCAAUACAGAAUUGUAUAAUAAUG